GGGCGCCCGCACCACGCUCGCCGCCGCGGUUCAUGGGGAAGAGCAGCAGGACGGGGAUGUAGAGCAGCACCAGACAGGCCUUAUCAGAGUCGCCCGCCGCCGUCGAUUCAAACAGCCGCUCCACAGCCUCUACGACCUCCCGCAGGGCGAGCCGCGCACACUGCGGGAGCCGCUCGAUGGAGCGGAUGGCGCGUUGGAAGUCCGCAAAGUGAUCGGCCUCAGACCGGCCGGUCAAAAACUCCACUCCUGGGGCCGGCAGGGUCCGAUGCGAUCGCUGCCAGUGGCCGUUAACAGAGUUCGUGGAGGGCGGGGGCGGAGGGGGAGGGCCUUCAGGCGGCCCACCGGGAGGGCCCUGCCCACCAGGCGGGCCCGGUCUACCUGCCAGUGGUCGGCGAGGGCGCCACUGCUGGGAUUGCCGACCUCCCCCUGACGGCGACCGACUGCCGCGUCGAUCUCCCGAUUGUUGACGGCCCGCACCCCCGGCGCCUUGAGCAGCCUCGCCUGCCGCCCGCAGGCCAUCUUGCACAUUACGCGGCUGGUCCGCUGCCUCGUGUCUGCGCCGUUCUUCGGUCUCACGUUGUUGCCGCUCCUCGGUCUCACGCUGUCGCUGCGCCUCAGUCUCACGUUGUCGCCGCGCCUCGGCCUCACGUCGUCGUUGCUCCGCGGUCUCACGCUCUCGCCGCGCCUCCUCGCCGCAACGCCCAUGACAAAAAUCACCGCAGCUCAGGCAAGGGCCGUCUCCUCUCGCCCGCCCAGAUCGACGUCGACGGGUACCACAUCGGCCGUGGCAGAACUGCCCGCAGCUGCCACACCGCCCGGCCACCACAUCCCGCGCAGACCGCCGCAGCGAGCGGUCGCGGCACCUCCAAGUGCCCGUACGGCUCGGUUCGUCGAGU